AUGAUGGCCGCUACGGCUCAUCCUGCGGCACUCCAAGAAUGUUCUGCCACCGGUGAAGAUGCGGAGGAGCCCCACAUUCGUGUGGCGACAGUGGCAGACGCGAGUGCGAUUACGGAAGUGGUCAAUGCGGCGUUUUUGUCCGAUGCCUUUUUCAAGUGGGGGGAACACGUCUUGCGCCUCUCGCCCGACGGGGAGGACGCAAAAAACAUGCUGCAGCGCGGGGAGCUGUUCUUCGUGUACUGCGAGCGCCUGGUACUAGAUUCUGGCCCGGAAGGCGCAGCUGCGGAGGAUGUCGAAGCUUCUAAUACGUUUGACGCGGAAAAAAUGAAUGCACCCGAAAGUGGUCGGAAGACUCACGAGAACAAAAGCGCAAAGUUAGUAGCCAGCUGCACGAACAAGGAACAGCAGAGUACUUCUAGGGUUCUCGGUUGCAUCCGCGCACAAGACAUGGGACUAUGGGAGGUGCCGAUGCAGAAACAAGAGGAUUCGACCUCGGUGCUCCCCGCCGACGGGCAAAGUAAACAAACAUCAAAUUCUCCGUGUUCUUACGACGUGCAGCGUCUAAUUACUAACAUCGAAGAGCACUCGGCGCUUUCGGCGGCAGAAAAAGAAAACCGCACGCCGCAGGAGGGGGAGCUCGAUCACAAUGAGCAAAAUUUUCCCCCCGGAACCAAUCAAGUAGAAACGAAAACACCUCCCGCAUUCCUGCACGUGACCACACUUGGGUUUUUGGCGGUCUCGCCCAAAGCCGCAGGGAGGGGGAUCGGGUCCAAACUGGUGGCGGCGGUAGAGCGCUGGACGAAAAGGCGGCGGCGGGGGAUCGGGGAAGAAGGAAAAUCAGCAGGUCGUGCAGAUCCAGAGGUCGAAAAAGGGUUCCUGCCUGUGGCCAGCGAAAAAGCCAGCGUGUUUUUACAACCUGGCUCCGUUUUAAUUUUUCCCACGAUGUCAGUCAGACCAGACAUUGGCGAGUUUUACCGCAAGCGCGGGUAUGAGUUCGUGUUUGAAAAAAAGCUGCCGAAGGAAGUAGCCUACAUCGUGGCGCCAGACUACAAGGAAAAGGUCGUUUUUCAUUGGAUGAAGAAGGACGUGGUUUAGAAAAAGUUCUACGGUGAUAGCUAUGUGCUUUGAGACGUAUUUAUAGAGGUUUGUUCUCGGCAUCGUUUCUCACCGAGUCACAGGCAAUGCAUUUAUGUGCGUAACAACGUAUAAAUGUUCGUCCGAAACUUGAU